AUGUCUAAAACCUCCGAUACUUUAGAAGCUGCAAACGUCGUAAAUGAUCUAUCAGGUGGACCCGGAGAUGGUUUAUGUUUCGGGAGAAGCUGCAGGGGUCCAUUUGCAAUUCAAUGUCGCAGCGUCGUGGACGAGAGCUCGGCGGGUGCUAUCCCUACCGAAGUAGCCCCCUCCGGAUAUACCCGGGAGCCAGAAAAGCUGGACGGCUCAUGA